GCUGUGCGGGUCAGAAGCUGACGUCAGCGUCCGCGCACCUGGCUGGGCCGGCGGCGCCUCCUCGUCCUGCGUGCAGGGCCCGGGCACGGGGCGAGCGGGGGAGCCCGCGCCUGCCUGCCCCGGCCGCGGUCCCGGCGCCGCCGGCGAUGGGGAAUGGGCUGUCGGAGCAGGCGCCACUCCUGUCCAGCCUGCCUGCCUUCCAGUGCUUCCACAUCGUGAUCCUGGGGCUGGACGCGGCCGGCAAGACCACCGUGCUCUACCGCCUGCAGUUCAACGAGUUCGUCAACACGGUGCCCACCAAGGGCUUCAACACGGAGAAGAUCAAGGUGACGCUGGGCGGCUCCUCGCGCGCCGUCACCUUCCACUUCUGGGACGUGGGCGGGCAGGAGAAACUGCGGCCGUUGUGGAAGUCCUACACGCGCUGCACCGAUGGCAUCGUCUUCGUGGUGGACUCGGUGGACGUGGAGCGCAUGGAGGAGGCCAAGACCGAGCUGCACAAGAUCACUCGGAUCUCGGAGAACCAAGGGGUGCCCGUGCUCGUGGUGGCCAACAAGCAGGACCUGAGGAACUCGCUGCCUCUCUCCGAAAUGGAGAAGAUGCUGGCGCUGGGCGAGCUCGGCUCCUCCACGCCCUGGCACUUGCAGCCCACCUGUGCCAUCAUUGGCGACGGACUCAAGGAGGGACUAGAGAAGCUGCACGAUAUGAUCAUCAAGCGGAGGAAAAUGUUGCGGCAGCAGAAAAAGAAGAGAUGAGCCCCCCUCCUCCCGCCGCUCGCUUACAGGAGCUCGUGGUCUGAAUUUGAUGUGAAACAGCCUCCCGUGCCUGGCCGACUGCUGCUGCUGCUGCUGGGAUGCUGUUAAGCUCAGUUACAUUGAACCAUGACUUACGCAACUGCACCUCCUACCAGGUUGUGCAGACCAGGAACCUUUUUUUUUUUUUUGUUUGUUUUUAUAAAAAAAGAAAAAGAAAAUAUCCAAGUUUUCUGGCACUGCAUUUCUUCACAGAUAGCAUAAAAUGAUCAGGAAACAGAUGGGUGGGUAUAUGUGACGUGGAUGUCUAGAUAGCCAAAUAAAGGAAGGAUUUUCUACUUAGUAUUGUAUUCAUAUAUUUGAAAGGUGCCUUUUUUGCAAGCAAUUUGCAUUAAAGGUAUUCAGUAUUUGCUUGGGAUUUUUUUAAUGCUCAUAAGUGGAGUGUUUAGGUGAACAUAUGCAGCUUUAAAAACUUUAAUUUCAACGUGUAUGUAGCCUGGGUUUUUUUUAACUUGUUUGGCUCCCCUCCCUCCCCAUAGGAGAAUUGGCUACAAUGUUUUUAAUUGACACUAUUUUUUUUUAAAGUCUAACCACUUAGUACAAAUACUUUUUUUUUUACUUGAAACUUCAGUUCUGUGGACUCUGAUAAAAGAAAGACUUCUUAAGUGAACUUAAGUGUACACAAUACGCAGGAGCAUGGAUCAGUUUUCCCAACAUGUGGCAUGUUUUGGUGUGUAGGUUUGCUUAGAAAUAGCCAUGCAUUGUUAUUCAGUGCUAAUCAGGUGUAGAGCAUACUCCUAUGUCAUAAUUAGGAAAAUUAUUCAAGAAAUCUUGCUUGCUCCUCAUAAAAGAACUUAAUGUGAUAUACUCCAACUUAUUGGAGAAGAAAAAAAAACAGAAAAGAAAAUUAGUGGUUGUAGUAAGGGAGAUAAAUGGAGCAACUAAGCACUCCAGUGGCUUUUACCAGUUCAGGAUUCUUGGCAAUAAAACUGAAGUAAAAAGAACAAAAAGUGGCAGAGCACUUUUUAUUUUAUUUUUUAAAUCUCCAAGAAUGUCUAGUCUUAAUGAAAUUGUACUGCUAGGUCAUUCUCAUUAUACCCGUUUUUAAUUAUGAUUCUUGCAGUACUCAGUUAGGAACGUAGCAAAGCUUUAUACACUUGAAACACUUGAUGUUAUGGGAAAACAAGUUAAAGAUGGGCCUGUGUUCUGCUCUAAUUAUGCUUUAAGCUGUUCUUGUUUACAAAGUGUGCAAACAGUGUUAACUGGGCGGGAUAGCGUCUGACAGGAAAGGGAGAAUAGUUUUUCUUACUGGUACAGAACUUUGGACAUUUUAGAUAUCUGAUUAGCAGUUGAAAGGGCUAAAGUAGAGCCUGGAUUUUAAGACUAACUUUAGUGGUGCUGUAAAACUUUUCAGAAUGGUAGGUUGUCUUUUUAAAUUUUGUUAGAAGCGUCAAAUUAAAAGGAACAAUGCAAGAUCAAUCUUAAUCAACCAGCAAAGUUUAAUGCAUUCUCUUUCCUACUGCCAUGCAUUAGGAGGAUAACAGCUACAAAUCUGAAUGUUUAAUCAUUGUAACUUAUAGAUAUCUGUGUAAAAUUAAACUUUAUAGCUGGCAGCUGUUUGUCCAGAAAGUAACCAAAAAUGCACUUUAGUGUCUUCAAUAAUUGAAAGAGACAGCUGUUCUUUUUAUGAUGCCCUAGUCCUUUGAAAGAACUGAAGUAGCUUCCAGUGGAGCUUUUGUAUGUUGGUUAUAUGUACCUGCACUAGUGACAUUGAAAGUCACUUACUCAGUAAUGUCUAUAUUUAUAGAAAUGUGGAUAACUUCUUUAAACCUCAAUAAACAACUCAAAACAA